UUUUUCAAUUUAGGGAAUUAUAAAAUGGAUAUUUCUCAAGUUGGAAUGAUAAAUAAUUUAAGUUUAGAUGUGAGGCCUAAGCGAAAAAUUCAAUACAAGAAGUGCAAGGGGCGGUUCACUCUAAAAUCAUCAGGUGUUUUAAACAAAAGUAUUAUCAAGGGAAUGAAUAGUUCUAAAAGUUUCAACGAAAGCAAAGCAAACAGAAGUCAAUUGGUACCUGUGAAAGAUAUUAAUUCCUUUUUAAAAAGAAAUAAAGAGCUGGCACUUGCUUUAGAGGAAUCCCGAUGUGCUGCAAAAAAUUUUCAAAAAGAAGCGUUCAACUUUCAGUUGGAGUUAAUAGAAAUGCGUAAAAGUUUGAGUAUCUCACAUAAUGCUUUAUUAAAGUGCUCUUGCCAAAAGGAUAAUGGCUUUUCAUUAAAUGUUGACUUACUCACACAAAUUAGGAAUAGUUUAGAACAAACUAAACAAACAUUAGAGAAGUAUGUUUCAACAGUUAUUUUAAACAAGAUAAAAGGGGUAAACACAAGAAGAGAUAUUGUUUUUGUUACUACUUCUACUCAAACGGAAAAAAUUCUUAUGAAAAACAAAAGACUUCAAGCACACACAGAAAGAUAUAGGAAAGAAAAGAAUUCUUGUGUUAGUUCUGUUAUUGAUAAAAAGAAAGAGAUUGAAUUAGUUGACAAAGAAACUCAAAAGGAUUUUGAUGUGAUUGAGCUGAAGGAUAGCGCAAAACUUAUAGAACGAUCUGUUUGUGAACAAAAAAAUAAGACAAUGGAAAAUAAAGUUAUAACUUCAAAAACAGAAUAUGGUCAGGGCAUGAAUUUAAAUUUUAAAUCUAGCAGUAAUUUAUCUCAAAAUAGCGAAAAAUUAAAUGCAAGAAUACCAUUGGGUGUAAUUCAUGUCUCAGAUGGAAAUUAUAACAUGACAACUAAGGAUUCUGUUGUAAAAAAGCCAUUAUUCAGAAAUGUUUUGGAGCAUAAAAAGGUCCCAGCCUUUCAACUGUAUGAAGAUAGUCCAACAGGAAGUAACAAAGAAAAUUUUAAACAGAUAGGUAUCUAUAGUUCAGAUGGAAGAGAAAAAAACAGAAGAAGAGUUAGAAUUUUCAGUCCUCCUCAAAUUCGAUUUUUUAAUCAAAGUAUUAAUAAUGAUGAUGGAGAUUUAAAACAAGAAAAAAGAUCUCGUUUAAAUAUUUGUUAUAAAGAACCAGCAGUUAAUAGAAAGUUGACAAAGUCUGAUCCAACUGUUGACAGAAGAUUUUAUAUUUCGCCUCACCGAAAGGGUAAGAGAAAGAGAACACGAGUAAAGGUAUGAAGGAAGAUUUUCAAGCAUGGUUUUUUUUACUAAGUUUACAAUUGCUCCCAUGCCUAAACCAUUGGUGCAAAGAUACAGGAAAACCCUUUCAAAAAAAAAUUUCAAAUGUAAGUCUUUAUAAAUCUUUAUACAUUCUGUAACUUCUGACAAACAAUUAUAAUUUAGAAAAGGUAUAUUCUGGAGCACUAUCUCAUUGAUUGAAUUUAAGUUAAGUAAAGAAUCAUUCAUAAGUA